CAAUCACGUUAUGCUGCGCAUUUGUCUAGUUGCGCUGAUCGGCCUGCCAGGAGCGGGCAAGACCUCUCUAUGCACCUGGCUGCUGAGCCAGACGGUUUCCCUCAACUUCCGCCACAUCGUUCACCUUUGCUACGACGACUUCUUUGACGACGGACCAUUGACUAAGCUGCCCUACAAGGAACAGCGCUGGAGCAUACUUAAAAUAAUAGAACAACUUAUAACCGCCAUUCAAGAAAAUACCGAUUGGCCGCCUCAAAUCCGUCGCAUUGCCUCUUGCAGUAGCCAAAUCAACGGAAGCCAUCUCAUCCUGUGCGACGAUAAUUUUUACUACCGCAGCAUGCGCUACAAUAUUUACCAGCUGUGCCGCAGUACUGGGUGCAUUUACGGACAGAUACACAUCGACAGUUCUCUUGACUCCUGCAUUCGGGGAAACUCAACGAGAAGCGGUUCAAGUCGUGUACCAGCGUCCGUGAUACAGCAGAUGAAAGACAGGCUGGAGCCACCAGGCUCAGAAGCCUGGGAACGCAAUAGCAUUAAACUUCAAGAAAUUAAUGUGGAUUGCACAGCAUCUACGACACUUGCUUUCAUUAGUUCCUUGACGGACAUGCCCGCAAAACUCGCAUUGUCGGCACUGCCAUCAGCAUUAAAAACACAACCACAGGACCAGUCAUUGGUCCACAGUCUGGACCUGCUACUAAGGUCGCGCAUCGGGGCGCUACUACACGGAAUACCGCAGGAAGACAAGGGUGUGGCGGGAAGAACACUAAACAACAGGAGAAAACAAAUAUUGACACGAUUCCGGUCAGAGGGCGGCGACAAACAGGGAGGCAGCGACGGUGAGGCCUUGGAUUACUAUGUAAAUUUGUUAAACUAGGCUAAGAUAAGCUAAAUUCGUUAGUAUGGCACACACAUAGCGACAUACAUAUAUAUGUUACUAAACGCUUCCUUGGCAUUAAAACUAGAUUUAUUUAGCAAAAAA